UGAGGAAGCAGCUGAGAGGUGAACGAGGAAGUGGAUGGCACAGGGACGCACAGGAACCUCGAACAAGUAGAGGGUAAAUGACCGGGCUCCGCUGCAGGCUCCUCAGUGCCGGCUGGGACUUGGAUUCGCUGGGGACACCGGCCAGGGAGAGAGGACCAUGUGGCUGCCUCCGGCUCUGCUCCUUCUCUGCCUCCCAGGCUGUUUGUCCCUGGGGGGCCCCAGCGUUGUGAGGGGCACCGUGGGCAGCUCCCUGACCGUCCGGUGUUGGUACGAGGAGGGUUACAAGGGCUAUAACAAAUACUGGUGCCGCGGAGAGCAUGACACGGAUUGUAACAAGAUCGUGGAAACCGACGGAGAAGAGAGAGAACGGAGAAAUGGCCGAGUGUCCAUCCAAGACAACGCCCACGCCCGCACCCUCACAGUGACCAUGAGGAACCUCCACGCCGCCGACGCUGGGUCCUACUGGUGUAAAAUCCAGACAGUGUGGAUCCUGGACGUGUGGUCACGGGACCCCUCGUUCCGGGUGCAGGUGUCUGUCUCCCCAGGUAAGAGCCCCCUCACUCCGGCAGCCUGCGCUCUGACUGCACCCGGGGACCAGGGUGGGGCUACACCCAAGAGUGUCUCUGGGUCCAGCCUUGUUGUCCUCCGUCUCGGGGGUGGAGGGAAGAGACUAUAUCAUGUGGGCAGGGAGGGGAGGGGGCGGACCCUUCCGCCUGGACAGGGGCGGGGCCAGCAAGCCCUCCGGAAUCCCGCACUUUCACAAGCCUCUCCAGCCGGCUCACAGGAAGCCCCCUGCACCACGGUGCCCUCUAAUGGGCCUCACUUGUUCCAGGAGGGAGGCUUUCUGGGCGGAGCUGCUGUCUGCCGCCCCCAAGACCGAGGGGAUGCCGGGGGCGUGGGGUUUUCCCGGCUGGAGGUGGAAAACUCCCCGGCAAACUUGGGCAAGCCGGUCACCCUACCUGUAAUCUACCUGCUCCAGUACUGCUGGGGCAGUCACCCCAAGUUCAUGUCACCCCGCAACCCUGCAGCCUCCUCCGUGCGCCUCCGUGCCCCCCUUCCCUGCUUUGGGCUUCCGCGGAAGGUGGAGGAGGCGCUGCUGCCGCGCCCCGUGGAGCCCCGCCCCUUUCUAUUGAAGUGCGCCAUGCUCCCGGAGGCCACCACCGGGCGGAACUUCAGCGCUGACCGACUGCCUUCCUCCUGCCCAGGGGUUCCGCUCAGCACCGUCUACUUCCUGCUCCUGCUGUUGCUGAAGGUGCCCCUGCUCCUGAGCACGCUCGGGGCCCUCGUCUUCGUGAACAGGCGUCUGGCGGGCCCUGGGAGGAGACGGGGUCGGCCUGACCUUGGGGAUCCGCCGCGCCCUGCGCCAGCUCCAGGGAAUGCCUACCCGGGGAUCCAGUCCUUCAGACUGAACGAGAGAGCUCUGCAGGCCCUGCACUCCAGGGCAAGGAGGCAGUAGCACCUGGAUUCUGGGGGGCACUCGAGUUUUCUGGGGGUGUUGUUCCCGCACCUCAAGGGAGGCAGACCCCUGGGGCUCAGCGGGCACUCGCUCUGGUCCUCACGUGGGGGAAGAUGAGUCUUGGGCCCCUGUGUGGGGUCUCCCUUCUCGUCCCCAGACCCCCCAGCUGCUUACCCUCACGCCCACUUCCCAAGGGAGAGAGUUCUCUGGAGGCUGCGUGCGCGGAAGCCUGGCUACUUAUUCUGUGGCACAGAAACUUCGUAAGCCGGUGUCCCUCAGGACAAUAGCCACCUCCUCCCUGCAGACAGGAGGCUCCCGGUCAUUGGGCUCCCAGGGCUCCGUCCCCUCCUCUGGGGGCAGAAGAGGGACAGUCCCAGGGGCCUUCAGCCCGGACAGAGGACGCUGCCCACUAUCUCGUGUGAUCGAGUUUCCUUCUCCUCUUCUGAUACGUCAUGGGUCUUGUUAGACUUCAACCCGCUAGUGGCUCUGUGACCAGGGCAUUGGGCUCAGUACGGCUCUGCCUGGGGUGGCCGUGGCCAAGCAAUUUCAAGUGCAAGCUCUGGGGUCAGUUGGCACACUAGUGGGAAGAGGAGGCCAUGAGUGCCCCAAAUCUCUCUCCUGGAAUUCCCCACCCUGCCAGCUCUCCUGUGCACGGAGCCCACGGAGGGUUCCCGCUUUGUGGACUUGAGGAGAAGCCUGGCUGGGGCCCCCCGUGGCCCCUAAACCCCUUCCGUGGGCGAGGCAGACGGAGUCCCUGAGGACCGGGUGCAGGACACAGAGGCGAAGAGACGCUUCACUACGUUGGGAAGGUGUGAUGCCACGGCCGCCCCUGCGCUUCCGGGGCCCAGGACAGGGCUCAGGCGGCUUUUGAAUGCUUGUCAGUGGCCCCCUCCCUGCAGUUUGUGGGGGGGCAUUUCACUGCCCACCACAAGCAUCACCCAUCCCCUGCUGAGCCCCUGCGCGCAGACCAGCCGCCCUGGGAGCUGAAGGAGAAAUUCGUCUAAUGAGGCGCACACUCAUCAUGUUAACAAACACACGGGGGAGAGGGCGGGUGUGGAAACACAGUCGUGACAAGAAAGACGUUUACGCUGCUGUUCGUUUAAGAAGACAAGCUCACAACGCGGUUCGGCAGAGGCAGGGCUGCUAGCACCCCAGGAGGGGAAGCACAGUGGGUGCCGGAGGGGCCGGACAGGGACCGGAGGUGGUGUCUGAGGGUGGCGAUGAAGGAAGGGUGGCUGUCAGCUGAGGAGGGCUGGGGGCGGGGCAGAGAGAGGAAGCCGGGCCUGGAGGGCCUGUCAGUGAGUGGCGUGUGGCAGGAGUUUCUCACGGUGUGUGGGCGUGCCUACGAUGCCCUCGCAGUGACCUUUCCACGCGGCAGUGCACGGGGAGCUGACCCAGGCCAGCCAAGGUCGGGCAUGUGGCAAAGGCUUAGAGGGACCCAGCUCUCACUACAGCUUUGCUGUGAGACACUCGGGUG